CCGGGGCGGCGGCUCCCGCCCCUGGUGCCGCCAGUUGGUCGGGUACCCGGCUGCGCGCGCGAUAAGUGGGAGGCAUGGGCAAGUACGGCUCGUACUCGUACCCGGACGGCAGCUCGUUCGUCGGCGAGUGGAAUGACAAGGGCCAGCGCCACGGCCUCGGCCACAUGAGCUUGACCGACGGCGCCGUCUACGACGGCGGCUUCAGCAACGGCUUCUUCAACGGGCUCGGCGUCAUCGUGUUCUCAGACGGAGCCAAGUACGAGGGCGAGUUCGCGCAGGGCUGGUUUCACGGGCACGGCAUAUUCUGGCGCGCCGACGGCAUGCGGUAUGAGGGCGAGUUCCGCGGCGGCCGCGUCUGGGGCCACGGUUUGAUGACGUACAGUGACGGAUCUCACGGCUUCCCGCGACAAGAGGGCUUCUUCCAGGACAGCAAGUUUAUCCAGAAAAAGCGGUCCACCACGGCUGUCUCGCGCGCUCAGAAGGUGGCCCUUCUCGCCAGACGACAGUGCGAGUGAGGGCUCACCGAAGCUCGAUGGAGAGCAUCUCUGCAAGUGACUUUCCCCGGUGACUAAAGGGGAAGGUUGCGGCUCUCCUGUUUGCUGAGUCGCCAGUUGCCUGAAUGGACAUGUCGUGGAAAGCAAGUUCGCUUACGGGAGGCACAGCUAUAUAUUCUCACUCGCGACUCGUGCUAUAUAUCUCAACCGCGCUUUGUGCAUUGUUAAAGCUUUGUUCUGUACAUAAGAGCCUGUUAAAACGGGCUGCGACGCAUUCCAGGUUGCCAUGGGAGUGCUGCUUGUUUGCAGCAUUUCCUUAACUACAGGCUAUUCCUCUCGAUCUGCCAUCGAUUGUCCUAUGUCUCAUUACACUCACACAGCCGACGCGGACAGUGCAUUUAUAUGCAAGGAGCAAACCAAUAAAAGUCAAGACUUCAACACGUCGGCGAUCUACAACGGCGGGUGAAUAACAGGAUGCACAGCAAGCAUACUAGCAGGGAAGCGAGCCCACGGAUAACGAUAUCGAUAAAUGCUUAUCCUGCGGUGCAGUGUAUGUACAACUCGAUAGUAGAUUGCUGAAUCAGGCUGUUCCUAGCGUGUCAGGAGUCUUCUU